AUGGUUAAUGGCUGGAAUCGUAGAAUACUACCCUGGGUUGAAACGUGGAUGGAGGACUCGAUUUACGUUGAACAUGGACCGUCUAUGGCAUACUUAUUCUGGGAUGAUACAGGGAUGCGUGCGUUGGUUGAAGAAUUCGACAGAGACUUCCUUGAGCGCUAUGACUCCCUCCUGACACCAGUUGAACGAAGCGAUGUAUUUCGCAUAUUAGUGAUUAAACACUUUGGUGGAAUAUAUGGGGAUCUCGAUACUGAGCUUAUACGACAUCCGGCUACUUGGAUAAACGGAUCAGAUAUUGCUACCUGGACAGACCUGAAAACAGGAAAGAAUUAUGGCAAAUUUAACGAUUCGACAAGGCUAGACUAUGAAUCCAAAGUAGUUAACCUCCUGUGGGGCUUAGAAGUCGACAAUGACCCCGAGUCGGAUGCAUACUGGCGCCAAAGCUACACAUAUCCUCAACAACUAUCACAAUGGGCUUUCGCUGCUGCCCCUCAACAUCCAGUCUUUUCAAGAUACAUGGAUAACUUACGGAAUUAUACCAAAGACAACGAGACAGCGGCUCAGAAUAGUGAUUCACUCAAGCGAACUGGCCCUGCAGCUGUCACCUUUGCUACCAAGUCCUGGCUGGAGGACAACCUGGGCUUUCGAUGGACAAGCCUUACAGGCGUGAAGGACGGGGGUAAAUCCAAGUUGGUUGAUGAUAUUUUGGUUCUUCCUAUAACUGCCUUUCAGUAA